AGCCAACUCUCUCUUUUUCAUUUUAACUUUCAGGAGCCCUAGCUGCACACUGAUUUCUCUUCCCUUCCCUCAUUCCUUUGGUUUUGGCAAUUUCUUUCCGGCCAUUCGUCUUCUGACAAGGUUAGCGUUUCUUCUUCGGGAAUUUCUUCGGUUCCAUCUGUCUAAACACACACUUGUUCUCAGCACAGCAUAUCCGGCUUGUUCUUGAGCAGCUCAUUCGCUGCCAACGUAUUUUUUGCUCAUUCUCUGAGUAUUUACUAAGAGAUUGUUAUAUUACUCUCUAGGUUGCAUUAGCAAUGCUCAACCACCAUCACUGUUCACAGACCUCUCUGUCUUGACUCCUUUGCCACUGCCUACUGUUUUUCAGGUUCUCUCUGUGUCUAUGCAUCUCUGUUGCUUUCCUUCUUGUGAUUUUUGUAUGCUAUUUGAGUUUGCUUGGGUGUUUUGUGGAUUUCAAUUUGGUGUGAAUCUUGUUUAUUUGUUAAUUGCUUUUCAUCCUUGAGGAUUUUUCCCAAGGUUUUAUUCUCAUGUAUUUUGUUAAAGCUGUUAGUUUAGUCCUUAUUCCUUGAAAUCAAUUUGAACUUGUUAUACAGUUUAGGGAGCUGAUAACCAAGUUGGGAUUCUCUGUUUAAAAAAGAAAAAAAGAUCUUUUUGAUGCUUGUUGGAAAUGCAUCAUCCAACUAUGAAUAAUGAAAGCUCAUGAUUUAUCUUCUUUACUCUCAGAAUGCGAGGUCUUGAGAAAAUGUAGUAGUGAUGAAAGCAGGGUGGUCUAGUAUAUUGGGAAACAAAAGUUAGCUAUUUGAUAAGGGCUUUGGUAAUAAGAGAACAUUCCUUCCAGCUUGAAUUCAUCAAUGGCCACUAAGAUCCUUCACAGUAGAACUGCUCUCCGUUGCUUAGCGUUAUCCUCAAAGCCACUCCCUACUCAUCCAAAUGAAAGACUUCAUUUCCUGUCCACAAUGCCUAAUUCCUCAAAUGAAUCCCUGUACAGGAAACAAAUUUCCCUCGCUUAUCUCUUCCAAAGGUAUGGUUUCCCUCCAUCCCAACUGCACAGUUUCAUCAGUACAAGUCGCUUUCUUUUGGGUUCCAAUUUACAUGAAAUUGAGAAGUCCCUUGGUAUUCUCUUAUCCUUCAAAAUCCCACAGAAAUUUGUUGUUUCUUUGAUUACUGAAUGUCCUGGAGUUUUGGAAUUUAAAUUUUUGAAGAAAUGGGAAAUGGGUUUUUCAAAAUCUGGGGUUUUGAAUAUUUCCCCAUUGUUGAUAAAGAGUGUUUUAGCAUAUGCUAAAAGGUUUCAAAUUGAUCCGGAUGGGUUUAAUAAGAGUGUGGAUGUUUUGAAGGGUGUAGGUUUUAGUGAAGGUACUGUGAGGAAGGUGUUAGAGGGUUUUCCUGGAGCAAUAACAAUGAAGAAAAGUGAAAUACAUCAGAGAAUUGAGUUCUUUAUACAAAUUGGGAUUCAAAGGGAUGAGAUCGAUUGGAUUUUCAAUUCCUAUCCUGAGGCUUUGGGAUUUCUAAUUGAAAAUAGGCUGAUGCCAUUGGUUGAUGAGUUCGAGAGUUUGGGUUUUAGCAAAGAGUUUAUUCGAAAAGAGAUUAUUAGGGAGCCACGAUUUCUUGGUAUGGAAUUAGGUGAAUUUGCUAGGUGUUUGGAAUUGCUUAGUUCUUUGAAAUGUCGAACGCCAAUCAAAUUAAAGAUUUUUAGUGAUGGAGCAUUUAGAGCUGGGUUUGAAGUAAAGCAAAGAGUUGAUUGCUUAUGUAAACAUGGGUUGAUUCGUAGAGAAGCCUUUAAGGUUUUGUGGAAAGAACCAAGGGUGAUUAUUUAUGAUGUACAGGACAUUGAGAAGAAGAUUGAGUUUUUGGUGAACACAAUGAAAUUCAAUGUUGGCUGCUUGGUUGAAGUUCCAGAGUAUUUGGGAGUAAGUUUUGACAAACAGAUUGUUCCUCGAUAUAAUGUGAUUGAGUAUUUGCGUGCAAAAGGAGGGCUCGGUGACAAGGUGGGACUAAAAGAUAUGAUAAAAUUAAGUAGGCUUAAAUUUUAUAAUCUAUAUGUCAAGCCAUAUCCAGAGUGUGGAAAAAUGUUUGGAAGGUUUUCAGGAGAUGUUCAGGUUAAAAGACAACAUCCUAUUGGACUAUGGAAAAUGUUUAAACCACAAAAGCAUCCAGAGUCGAAAGAAGAUGUGAAUAAUAUGAAGUCCUUCAUGGAAGGCCUUGUUUAGUCGAGAUGAGUGAUCCUCAUGAUUCAUUAUCAUUGUAGUUCAAAUGAUCUUUUUCAUGGGAUUGUGCUGUUUUUAUCUUUGAGAUGAACAACUUUGAGAUAAACUGCAACUAUUGUUAACAACUUUAAGAAGGGUCUUGUUGAUGCAACGUGUCAAAAUAUAAUGGAUUGGCCUUGGUAGUUGACUUUAAAAAGUCUGGAGAAUGCAAGAGAAAUUGCAGUUUAUGGUUUGGAGUAGUUGUUUCCGUAAAAUCUUGGUGGUUAUCUAAGUGCCAUUAAAAUUCUCCAUGGAGAAGAAGCCAGCUGGUCGCAAUAUCUUCACAUCAAGGGGUUACAUGAAGUUGUAUACUACAAGGUAAACUAGUAGACUUUUUACUCUUUGGUUCUGUUCCUUUGUCAAUUUUAUCACCAAUGAUAAAAAUUAAAAAAAAAAAAAAAACAUAAAAUCACGUAACAUUUUUGUCGUUAUUGCCAUCUUUUGAUGAUUUAAUGCCUGUUUCUAAUAGUUUUUUAUUUGUUCAAAUCCUGGCAUGUACAACUGGCACUGAAGUUGAUGUUCCACAACUCAUGGAUGCUUUAUAGCAAUUCUAAAGUUGUUUUUGGCCAUUAUGGAGAGGCUUUUCACGGGCGUCAUCUGCAUAUUCUGAAAACAAUUUAUGGUGCAGAAUCAAUGGACAACAAACCAAAGCCAGAUUGCACUUGCAUCUCUUCUGGAGGCCAAAUUUCAGUUAAAUAGGCAUCCCAGUGAGCAUAUUUGAGUUAGCAUUUGUUCAGUGUAUACUCUUAGAGUCCAUGCUGCAUCAAACAUAUAAACCGACCCUACAAAUCAUCACAAAAAAUCCCUCUCCAUUCAAACACUAGCAUCUGUGGAAAAGCAAUCCAAGCAACUAAAAUAAGUUAUUUAUACUCCAACCUAAGGUAGUGAGGGAAAAUCUACCGUUCUGGUUGGGGGAGAGGCCUUCCUCUGUUCAGAAGGUGCGAUAAAGGCCUCAGAAGAAGGUAAGAGUCAACAAGCUCCUAAGAAAGAGAACUAGAAAAAAUCGAGAAAUUUCUCUCCGAAAAGCUAGAAUGAGAGAAUUUAAUAAAUAAUGUCAUGCUUUUGAAUUGCUAGAAAUCCACAUUUUUGGGGUAUAUAAUCUAUUUGGUUUUUAUAA